UAGGUAAAUAUAAAAUUUACAUUAAGAUUAAAAUACAAAACGAUCUUAUUUCGUGAUUUAGAACGUAUUUAUAAACAUCUUAUUUGAAUAACGUAUUACCCGCGAUUGGGUUCGUUCAUAUUUGUCGGCAUUCGUGAGUAACUAAUCCAUUGGUACGAGGUUGGUUCGUUGUUAAUCUUUCCAUUCUUGUCUAAAAAAGAGUACUAAGUAUAUUUAGUAUUUCAAUAUAAAGAAAGAUUGUUUAUUUGUUUCGCUUUACAAUUAAUUGAAGAUCGAAAAAAUGUUUGGACCAGGAGCUGCUCCUAUUGUAGUAUUAAGUCAGAAUACGAAACGAGAGACAGGAAGAAAGGUACAAAAAGAGAAUAUUCAAGCAGGAAAGGCAAUUGCAGAUGUCAUUAGAACAUGUCUGGGUCCACAAGCAAUGUUAAAAAUGCUGAUGGAUCCAAUGGGUGGUAUUGUUAUGACAAACGAUGGAAAUGCUAUUCUCCGUGAAAUUACAGUACAGCAUCCAGCUGGAAAAUCAAUGAUUGAAAUAGCUAGAACUCAAGAUGAAGAAGUUGGAGAUGGUACAACUUCUGUGAUUGUGUUAGCAGGGGAAAUUUUGGCUACUGCAGAACCAUUUUUAGAACAAAGCAUGCAUCCUACUGUUAUUAUACGAGCAUAUCGACAAGCUUUAGAAGAUAUGGUGAUAAUUCUAAAUGAACAAGUCAGUAUGGAUCUUGAUUGUAAUGAUCGCAAUAAAUUGAUUCAAGUGAUAAACUCAUGUGUAGGAACCAAGUUUAUAGGGCGUUGGGCCAAAUUAGCUUGUCAGAUUGCAUUGGAUGCAGUUAGUACUGUAAUGUUAGAAGAAAAUGGCCGUAAAGAGAUAGAUAUUAAGCGUUAUGCAAAAGUUGAAAAAAUUCCUGGAGGAUCUAUUGAAGAUAGCACUGUUCUUAAGGGUGUCAUGUUUAAUAAAGAUGUAACACAUCCAAAAAUGAGACGUUAUAUAAAAAAUCCUAGGAUUGUUCUGUUGGACUGUCCUUUGGAAUAUAAAAAGGGAGAAUCCCAAACAAAUAUUGAAAUAUUAAAAGACACUGAUUUUACAAGAAUUUUGGAACUGGAAGAAGAACAUGUAAAAAAAAUUUGUGAAGAUAUAAUUUUAGUUAAACCAGAUUUAGUAAUUACUGAAAAGGGUGUUUCAGAUUUAGCCCAACACUAUCUUGUAAAAGCUGGAAUUUCUGCUAUUCGUCGUUUAAGAAAAAGUGAUAUUAAUAGAGUAGCAAGAGCUUGUGGUGCAACAGUAGUAAAUCGUACUGAAGAACUUAGAGAAGAAGAUGUUGGAACUAAAGCUGGGCUUAUGGAAAUAAAAAAAGUAGGAGAUGAAUACUUUUGCUUUAUUGCAGAUUGCAAAGAUCCUAAAGCUUGUACAAUAAUUUUACGAGGUGCUAGUAAAGAUGUACUGAAUGAAACUGAACGAAAUUUGCAAGAUGCUUUACAUGUUGCACGGAACCUUCUUUUAGAACCUAAACUAGUACCAGGUGGUGGUGCCGUUGAAAUGGCAGUUUCUCGUCUUUUGUCUGAGAAAGCAGCAGGUCUUGCUGGUGUCGAACAAUGGCCAUACAAAGCAAUUGCACAUGCUUUAGAAAUAAUUCCUAGAACAUUGGCACAGAAUUGUGGAGCAAAUACUAUUAGAACAUUGACAGCACUUCGUGCAAAGCACACAACAGAAGGAACAACUUGGGGGAUUGAUGGAGAAACAGGACAAUUGGUUGACAUGAAGGAACGUGGAAUUUGGGAACCACUUUCAGUUAAAUUACAAACAUAUAAAACCGCUAUAGAAACUGCUAUUUUGCUCUUGAGAAUUGAUGAUAUUGUGUCAGGAAGUAAAAAGAAGAAAUCUGAUAAUGAAUCACCAAGUCAAGUGACCGAAGAAUCCAUGAAAGAUUAAAUUAUAUAAUUUUUCUCUUAAAUUUCAAUUGCUUGUAUCUACAUUAAGAAUUAAUUAUUUGCAGUCGUAA